UGUGGGGUUGGGGGGGCAGCGGCUUUCCAUCAGCGGAGAAAAUACUCUCUUCUGAUGCCACUUUCCCGCUUCUUCUUGAAUCUCAUCUCUCUCUGUCUAUAUACAGAACAGACUUUCAUAGCCACAAUAGAGAAACCCUCAAAACAAUUGCAGGGAUAGAGAGAUAUGGAUGAAGAGGGACCGAAAUUAGACAGAGAAAGCGAGAACGAGGCACGUGGAGUAGAAGGUCCUCCGAUGGACACUCCAGUCCGGAAGCAGAUCACUACCCCAACAUCUAAAUUUGAGGACUCUCCUGUCUUUAACUAUAUCAACAGUCUUUCUCCAAUCAAAAUGGUUAAAUCUAUACGCAUUAGUCAGACAUUUACCUCAUUAAAUUUUGCACCCCUCCCGUCUAUUUUCACUUCACCCCAUGCCAACUCUCUCAAAGAAUCUAGAUUCUUAAAAAGGCAUCAACUCUCAGAUCCUUCAAAACCUGAGUUUUCUUCUGAGAAUGAGAACAAUGUUGGAGGCAUUGAAAGGGUUAUGGCUGUUGUUAAUAAGUCCUAUGAGCAAGAAAGUUUUGAUCCUGCGAGUUUCAUUCGUGAAGCUUGUGUUGAGCCGACUUAUGAUUGUUCAAAGCUUGCCACUGAGAUCUCACAAUCCCUAAGCCACGAUUGUAGUGGUCCUGACUGUGCAUCACCUUGCAACACUAGAUGUACCAUGGAAUCAGCUGGAACAUCGGAGACAGUAGUUCCAUACAUCCAAGAGACCUUGGAAACUGGUUUAGUAGGGAGUGGAGUGCAUUUAGAGGGGACAAGUAACAUUGAGAAAAACAAAGAACAACAAGGAUGUGAUUGGGAGAGCUUGAUUUCUGAUGGUGGUGAUUUCUUAAUAGUUGAUUCUGCCACUGGUACAGAAGAUACUAGGAUGAGGCCAUGCACUUCUCUGUUAUCAGAGUUCAUGAGUGAUGAAGUUAAUGACUUGCAAACUACACAAUGUGAAGCCGAAAAUCCUUUCUCCCGAAUUAGGGAAAAAGUUCAAAUGAAGGAGGCAAUGGAAACUGGAGAAUCCCAUGCUAGUUCUUCUCUACAUAAACUCAUGGAUGGGGAGCCAAGUGAGCAAACUGAUAUUGAGCCUCUUUCUAGUUCACACUAUGGUAUAAGAAGGCGCUGCCUUGUUUUUGAGAUGACAGGAGCUUGCAUAAAGCAUUUGGAUUAUAGCUCAAGUUCUGCCUCUUCCAUGUUACAAUCUUAUGUCAAUGUGGAGUCCAAUGACAAGAACCUGGAAUCUGUAAAGCCUGGCAAUGAUUCUUCAUCCUGCAUUCUACCAGGAAUUGGUUUGCAUUUGAAUGCGCUUGCAAGAAAUUCUGAGGAUUACAGCAUUGUCAGUCAUGAGACUUCGGCUCCUGGACCAUUCAUAAAUGAUCCUGCCCCGACUGUCUCCUUCCAUUCUUUGCCUUCUGGUCAAGAGCUUCUAAAUAUAUCCUUGGCAGCAACCUCUACUGGAACAAAUUUGGGUCCUGCUGAAAAUGGAGUUCAGGGUAUAGAAGAUGCUUCUCAGGCAUUCAAUCAGAGUAGUCCAAAAAAUAAGAGGCACGUGCUGGAAAAUGCUGGAGAGGGUGAGGGCUGUAAGCGGUGUAACUGUAAGAAAUCCAAAUGCUUGAAACUGUAUUGUGAAUGCUUUGCCGCUGGUGUCUAUUGUGUGGAGCCAUGUUCGUGUCAAGAUUGCUUCAACAAGCUUAUACAUGAAGAUACAGUCCUUGCAACCCGCAAGCAGAUUGAAUCUCGCAACCCUCUUGCAUUUGCUCCUAAAGUGAUUAGGAGCUUUGAUUCUAUACCAGAAAGUGGGGAUGACUCCAGCAGCACUCCGGCUUCAGCAAGACAUAAAAGAGGAUGCAAUUGUAAGAAAUCUGGUUGCCUAAAGAAAUACUGUGAAUGCUACCAGGGUGGCGUCGGGUGCUCCAUUACCUGUAGAUGCGAAGGAUGUAAAAAUGUAUUCGGUAGAAAGGAUGCAGAAGCAGAACUCAAAGAGCAUAGUCAAGAGCAGAAUCCAGAUUCUACUCCUCCUUCAGCCCCUCCACGACCACCGGUUCAGCUACCAUUUCCCUCCACAAGCAAACCGCCACGAUCUUCUCUAUCCAUCAGAUCAAUUUCUGGGAUUUAUGGUAGCCAAAGGUAUGGAAAGCCGAACUUUCUGAAACCCCAACCCAAGUUUGAGAACCGAAUCCAAGCUGUUCAAGAAGCUGAAACGCCUGAUAUUCUCAGAGGCAACUCCUCUUCUAGCUGUGGCAUCAAAUCUGUUUCUCCAAACAGAAAGAGAGUCUCCCCUCCACAUUGUGACUCUGGAUCCUCCUCUGGCCGGAAGAGCAGCCGGAAGUUGAUUUUGCGGUCAAUUCCUUCAUUCCCUUCUCUCACUCCAAAGGAUUAGUAGUUCAUCAAUGAACUACAGAUGGAAGUUCUUUAAAUCUUCACUCUAGGCAUUCAGUUGUUUUGCUUUGUAGUUUGCUGUUCAUAUUGCCUUGUGUGCUUGUAUAAUAAUAUCUUUGUUCUCAUAACUCAUGAGCUUAGUAAAUGAUAUGUUUUCACAUCAACAGCUUGGAGCAUAAAUAUUGUCCAUUGGGAAUUGAAUUGGUUCU